AUGGACAACGCUACAGAGGCUCCGUCUGGUGAUCCUAAAUAUGCCACCUUUGAGAUCCCUGAUAUAGUUGUUGUGGUGGUUUAUUUUGUUUUCUUCAUUGGAGUUGGAAUAUGGUCCUCUGUCCGUGCAAGUCGGGGAACAGUAGGAGGAUAUUUCCUAGCCGGAAGAACAAUGACCUGGUGGCCUAUUGGUGCUUCGUUAAUGUCCACCAAUGUUAGCAGCAGUCUCUUCGUUGGCAUGGCAGGAUCAAGUGCCGCAGGAGGUUUGGCUGUUGGAGGCUUUGAAUGGAAUGCAUCUUGGGUGCUGGUGGCUCUUGGAUGGAUCUUCGUACCUGUAUAUAUUGCCUCUGGAGUAGUCACUAUGCCACAGUACUUGGAAAAGCGUUUUGGUGGUCACCGGAUUCGUAUCUACAUUUCUGUUCUAUCACUCCUGCUCUACAUCUUCACUAAAAUAUCGACAGAUAUUUAUUCCGGAGCUCUCUUCAUCCAGGUGUCUCUGGGUUGGAACAUCUACCUGUCCACCGUUAUAUUACUAAUAGUCACAGCAGUUUGCACUGUCGCUGGUGGAUUAACUGCAAUUAUCUACAUUCACACCAUGCAAACGGUCAUCAUGGUGGUGGGGGCCUUCGCCCUCAUGUUUAUAUCUUUUAACGAAGUUGGCUGGUACUCCGGACUGCAAGAGAAAUACAUGGAAGCCAUCCCAAAAAUAAUUGUACCUAACACAACAUGUCAUCUGCCCCGUAACGAUUCUUUCCACAUGCUCCGUGAUCCAAUCACUGGGGAUCUACCUUGGCCCGGUCUCAUAUUUGGUCUGACAAUAUUGGCCACUUGGGUUUGGUGCGCUGACCAGGUAAUUGUGCAGAGGUCUCUGUCAGCCAAGAACUUAUCCCAUGCCAAAGGGGGCUCUAUUGUUGGGGGCUACUUGAAAAUCCUGCCGGUGUUCUUUGUGGUACUGCCUGGAAUGAUCAGCAGAGCAUUAUAUCCAGAUGAGGUUGGCUGUGUUCACCCUGACGAAUGCCGGAAAUACUGUGACAAUGAUGUGAGCUGCUCAAAUGUUGCAUAUCCCAAGCUGGUAAUUAGACUGAUGCCUGUUGGAUUAAAGGGUUUAAUGGUAGCGGUAAUUAUGGCAGCUCUAAUCAGUUCUCUCACGUCCAUCUUCAAUAGUGCCAGUACCAUAUUUACCCUCGAUAUCUGGAUACGUAUACGCAAGAAUGCAAAGGAACAAGAGCUUAUGAUUGUCAGCAGGGUCUUCAUUAUCAUUCUGGCGCUUAUCAGCAUCUUGUGGAUCCCCAUAAUACAAGCCUCACAUAAUGGUCUGCUCUUUGACUAUGUACAGUCUAUCACCAGCUACCUCUCUCCACCUGUCACUGCAAUAUUUAUUUUGGCAAUUUUUAUCAAGAGGGUCAAUGAACCUGGUGCGUUCUGGGGUUUGCUUAUUGGCCUGGUGGUAGGCGUGAUACGAAUGAUCAUGGAUUUUGUGUAUGUAGCUCCAAAUUGUGGAGAGGAGGACACAAGACCUUCAGUACUCAAGGAUGUCCACUACUUGUAUUUUGCAAUCAUUCUGUUCGGAUUGACGUCAAUUGUCUGUAUUGCGAUCAGUUUGUGCACAAAAGCCAUACCAGAUGAUAAGCUUGGUCGUAUGACUUGGUGGACUCGAAAAAGAUCUGAUCAAACGGUUUGCCCAAAAGAGGAAAUUAAUGGUUUACAGGAUAUUGCUGCAACAUCUUCAACUAUUCCACCUAUUGAGGAAGAGCCAGAAAGAGACUUGAUGCUACAAGUUGAAACUUUCCAAGACGAUUGUUCUGUUCAUGAGCAGAAAACAAGCAAUGACGGAAAAAAGGAUUCUGCUUCAGCUACUAAAGAAACAAGAAAAUGUGGAAUAUGUUAUAAGCGUUUACCCAGCACAGGAGCUAAACCCUUAUGUAAAGAAUGUACUUCUAAUGUGGUAAAAGCUGAAUCCUCUAGUUUCCUGGAAGAUACCAGGACAUUAGUUAAAGAAGAAGUUCAGUCCUUACUAGCUUCCUGGGAUUCAGCUCCCCCUAAAAACCCUCCUCAAAUCAUCCGUGAUAGUCGCAAUCAGGUGUAUGACUCGGAUUCUGAUGUUUUGGAAGUCUCGGACUUUAAACCGAAUGAAAAAACAUGUGCAUCUUCUGACGAAGAUAAAGAAUAUAAAUCCUCAACACAUUCUUGGUGGAAAAAGUUGUACUUCUGGUUCUGCGGUAUCUCCAUGCAGCCUGAAGCAAAACUUUCCAGAGAAGAAGAGAUGAAGUUUCAGAGCAAGUUGACCAAUUUUAUGGAGGAUGCUACAACUAUUGUUGAGCAAAUCGGACUUCGAUGUGAAUUUCAGGCAAAAGAUUUCAUCACUAUAGUUAAAGAAAAGAAGUCUGCACAUAAUAGCACUGGCAGUGUAGCUGACAGCUGUAUAAAUUUAGAAGCGGGCAAACAUUACAAAUGA